ACGCUAGGCCCGCCGAUUGCCCCAAAUUCAAGUACACAUUAACACAUUCAUCUCCGGCCACCGCCACCGGCAACUCUUACACUCUCUUAAACCUCACAUUGCUUCUUUCUCAUCUCCCGACGACGGACGACAAAGUUUUCCGAAAUGAUGUUUUCCAGAGGCGCAAAACAGUCGAUUGAGAUUCUUUGCAGGCGAUUGAACACUCCUAUACAUUCCCGCUAUGGUUACUCUACACAAACAUGUAGAGAAAACUUGGUUUCUAAACCAAAUUACGUCAUCAAUCAUUGUGCACUUGUGAGAAAAUAUUCAAGUGAGGCUUCUUCGCCUUCAGAUCAUAUGAGCCUUAUAAAGAAACUAAGAGAAAGAACCAGUGCUCCUAUCAAAGAAGUCAAGUCUGCUCUUAUUGAUUGCAACUGGGAUUUGGAGGCUGCUCAAAAGGAACUGAGAAAAAGGGGAAUUGUUCUUGCAUCAAAGAAAUCAUCUCGCACUGCAGCUGAGGGUUUGCUUGCUCUUGCACAGAAUGAUACAAAGGCUGCUGUUAUUGAACUUAAUUGUGAAACUGAUUUUGUUGCAAGAAAUGAAAUAUUUCAGUGCUUGGCCUUAUCUUUGGCCAAGUUGGCAUUAUCUGCUGAAAGUUCAGGACAAGUAUCUGGUGCCUUCCCUGUUGGACUCGAGAGUUUAGAGGAUUUGAAGAUCAAUAUUAAUCAUCCAAAAUUAAACGGAGAAACAACAGUUCAAAAUGCAAUUAAAGAAGUGGCUGCAAUGAUGGGAGAAAAUGUAAAACUGAGAAGGGGUUUCACAAUGUCCAUGUCAGCACAUGGUGUAAUGUCUACAUAUCUCCACACAUGCCCACAACCUGGGUUGGGAAGAAUUGCGGGAAUUUUGUCACUUGAAGUUGAAGAUGAAAAAGUUUGUUUAGAUGGUGUGCAACGUGUAGGUGCUGAGUUGGCUAUGCAUGUGGUGGCAUCAAAGCCUUUAGUUUUAACAAAAGAACUUGUUUCUAAUGAUGCUGUUCAAAAUGAACGUGAGAUUCUCAAGUCUCAGGCUGAAAGUUCCGGAAGGCCUCAGGCAGCGAUUGAGAAGAUGGUUGAAGGGCGAUUAAGGAAAUAUUUUGAGGAAGUUGUUUUAAUGGAGCAAAAAUUUAUCGUCAAUGACACCAUUAACGUCAAGACACUCUUAAGUGAUCUAUCAAAGGAAGUCGGCUCCCCUGUGAAAAUUGGAAACUUUCUAAGAAUGGAAGUUGGCGAAGGACUUCAAAGAGCUGAUGCACCCGAAGCUUUAGCUCAAGCUGCAUGAUGAUGACGUGGCGUCUCGUUUAAUCUUUAUUCUCUUAUCUGUUAUGCUAACGUGCACCUACAAUUCGCACGGAUCUUUCCUUCUAGAAACUGAGAAUUUAUAUAAUUUUUCAAAGUCUUUAAUGUAUGAAUACCAAC